ACAAGGGCAUACUGUAGCCAGAUUUGAAAAACUCUCAAUAGCAGUACGAUCAUCCAAGAAAUGGGAAAUCAAUCAUCCACUCCGACUCCUUCCUCACCAGACUUGUUUUUGCCAGUUCCUGAACCAGCUGAGCUCCAGAAACCAUGGAGAGAAAGAGUCUGUGAAAAAGAUGAAAUACUGCAGGAAGUGAAAGAAUUCAAGCCCAGCACUGAGGUCCUCAGAAUUAUGUUGUAUGGACCGAUUGGAGCUGGGAAAUCAUCCUUCAUCAACUCAGUCCAGAGGGUCCUCUUAGGCCGCAAUGCCAUGAUAGCUCUGGAAAACUCCACAAUAAUUGGAGGAAGAUUCACAAAAAAAAUGAACAUACACAAGCUGAAGAUGGGCAGAGGAGAGCAUUAUCCGCUGGAGAUUGUUGACAUCAUGGGGAUUGAAGCACAAGAAGGAAUAAAACAUGAUGACAUCAUCAGUGUGUUUAAGGGACACAUUUCAGAUGAGUACAGUUUUAAUCCUUGGGUAACAAUAGCUGAUGACGACCCGCAUUACAAAAAGAACCCAACUUUGGGUGAUAAGGUUCACUGUCUGGUGUGUGUUCUGCCUGCAGACUCGUUCUCAAUGUUGGACUCCACAAUCUUUGAAAAAAUGGACCAUGUUAGGACGAGUGCUAGCCUGCUUGGAAUCCCUCAGGUCAUUGUGAUGACCAGGGUGGAUAAAGCCUGUGAGCUGGUUGAAGGGGAUCUAAAGAAAAUGUAUUAUAGCAAGAAGAUCCGAGAUAAGGUUCAUGAGUGCAGUAAUAAUGUCGGCAUCCCAUUAAAUGCCAUCUACCCUGUGAAUAACUACUCUGAAAUAAUCACCCAAGAUCCUGAUAUCGACCUGUUCCUCCUCAUUGCACUGAGAGAUAUUCUCAGUUUUGCCAAUGACUAUGUAGAACGUGAGUUGGAAAAAGAUGACAACUGAUGAGAGAGAUAUGAACAAAAGCUUCAGCUUUCAUGCUAACAUCCCUUCAACACUGUUAACUAAAUGCAUUCUGGGACUGGGAUUUCUCACUAAUCUGUGAUUGAACAUUAUCUCUUGUGUUUGAGAUUGUUCAAAGAAAUAUUUUAAAGAUUCAUGGUGAAGUUUUCCUGAAAUGGUCAGUGGUUUUUAGGAAUCUUUAUUUAUUGUAUAUUGUCUUGGUUGAAAAAUUUUGUUUGUGUACACAAUCUUUAUUAUAGGUAAUAGUAGUGACUU